GCCGAACUUGCCACAGGGCCUCAGGUAAAAUGGAAGGUACCUAGAUCGACGGCUGGUGCUCACCUCCCACCUCUGUUUCGUCGUUGAAUGUAGUCUAUUUCCUAAGUACCUCCCCACGGAUCGCACACGGAUAGGUACCUAGCCUAGUAUUAAGCACGCCCGAAGACCUUGAGUAUAGCACAAGUACCUGUCUGCCUACGACAAGUGCUAGUAGCGAGCUUAGGUACAUGCCGAAGCACCUAUUGUCCUGCGCAGCGAGAAGUAUAGAGAGCACAAUAUAAAAGCCCCUUCCCCCCCUGCCCCGCGUCAUACCGUCUCGCGGCUUUUUUUUCUUCUUCUCUUAUUUCCUCCAUGUCAACAAACCUCCUCCGAACAACGGCCCAGUCCACAUUACGGCAUUCCCUCUGCUACAGACCACCCGCCUAUUCGCGCCUCACGCCCCUGAGACAAUUUCACGCCACACUGCCCAAGAUGACUGUCCACGUCCUCGACACUCCCGCAGCCUUCGAGCAGGCUGUCAAGGACCAUAAGGUCGUCCUGCUCGACUGCUUUGCUACUUGGUGCGGUCCGUGCAAGGCCAUCGCUCCCGUUCUUGCCAAAUACUCGGACCAGUUUCCGUCCAUCUACUUCGCCAAGAUUGACGUUGACGAGCUGCCCGAGCUUGCCCAGCAGCUUAAGAUCACCGCCAUGCCUACGUUCCUCCUCUUCACGGGAAGCACCGAGCCCGCCGAUAUCCUGAUUGGUGCCAAACCUAAUGCCAUCCUGGAGUUGAUCGAGAAGUACAAGGGCUUGGCUGCCGGCGAGGCGCAUGCUGGCGAACAAGCCACGUGACUGCAGAAAGUUGACGCCGCAGCAAAACUAUGACGUUUUCGCAAGGGAGCAGGCAAACCGUGACCAAGGCCGUAGGAGACAUAGAUAGACGUGGUGGUUAAUAUUUCCAUUCAAUCGGCAUAAUUGCGCAACGUACCAAUGGGUAGCCUGGGUUCCUCCCGAGGCAUCCUCUAUUGACUUUCCUGAGAUACGAGGGCAUGUGCGUGAUGCACUCUGUUCU